AUGUUGAGGUCAUCUUUUACCUUGAGACGCCAGUUCUCCACUUCCUCUGCUCUCCGGAAUGCCCAAAGGCCGAUAAUAGACCACCUGCCACAACCUCAGGAUGCGAAAGCACAAGCAGACGCGAAUGUCCCGGAACCUGGACCUUCUCAAUCGGCACAGACUUUGAGGAGGGAACAUACACCAUUGCAAAUCCCAUCGGACGCCAAGGCCUCUGAAGCAUUUGAGUCCUCUCAAACCAAAACUACAACGACAGAUUCGACUUUGUCAAAGUAUGACUUAGAGCUAGUUAAAACGCGCAUCCGGGAGUGGUCGGAGCAGGCUGCGAUCGCUCUCCGUAAUCGAGCGGAUGACUUCACCGCACACACAAAAACCAGGUUCUCCCAGCUUGGGUCGGAAAUCAAUAGGGUCACUGGCUAUGAAGAAAUUGAAGCUUUGAAACGGAGUGUUGUUGAGCAUGAGGAACGAAUACACGUUGCUCGGGAGUCUGCUCGAAAGGCAAAGCUUGCCUAUGAAGAAGCCGUCGUUCAAAGAACAAACUCUCAACGCGAAGUGAAUGACCUGUUACAGAGGAAAUCUACAUGGAAAGAUAGCGACGUUGGCCACUUUACGACACUCGUGAAGCAGGAUCACCUAUACGAGCAAGAAGAAGCACGCGCCAAGGCAGCGGUAGAAGAGACAGAAAAUGUAGUGGACCGUGAAUUCAGCAACCUAUUGCGCACAAUCCUUGCACGGUACCACGAAGAACAAGUGUGGUCCGACAAAAUCCGCAGUGCGUCGACGUACGGGUCACUUGCAGCGCUCGGAUUGAAUAUGCUCGUUUUCAUUAUGGCUAUUGUUGUUGUUGAGCCAUGGAAGCGUCGGCGGUUGGCACAGACGUUCGAACGGAAGAUCGAAGAGCUCAGUGAAGAGAAUGCGGCUAAGGUGGACGCGGCUGUGUUGUCAAUUGCUCAACAAAUCGAGCAGCAAGUGAACUUAAUUGGGUCGCUGAAAGACGAGUUAUCACAGCUACCCUUGUCAGAGCCUGUAGAGAAACCGUCAAUACCGACAACAAUGGAAAGAGAAUCAAACACGAGCGACUUGGAGACGCGUCCUUUCGUUGGCCUUGAAUACCUUCCGCUUACCAGGCGGCAAUUGGAGGUCGCCGCUGUUGGCGCUGGAGCUUUCGCACUAGGCAUUCUAAGCAGCUUGACGCUGAAUCUAUUAAUGAAAUAA